GGAGAGGCCCGGGUCGCGGCCCCGCCCACGCGGGGAGGAGUCUCACGUCCCGCGCCGGGCGUCCCAGGCCCGCGGCGCGCGCUGCAGCGGAGGCGUCCCGCGCACCAGGAAGUGACUCUUAUCUCGCUGCAGCUUUGUAAGAGGAUUUAUUGGUUACCACGGGAGGUUGGAGACUGAGGCACAAAGAAGCCAAGUGACACGCUUUCAAGAAGAGCCCAAGGAGGGGUAGUGACACACAUUGAGCAGUCCUGAGCAUUUCAUGUAUAUGAGCUCAUUUAAUUCUCACCACAAACUUGAAAGGUAGAUGUCCGUGUGUCUUUGGAUGGCAGGUAUCAGGAGAAGAGUCCUGGUACACAGCCCCAGGUGCUUCCUCUCCGGGGUGGCUCCCUUCUCCAAACAACUGCUGCUUCCCUGGGGUGCCAGACAGCUUCCAGGUUGGUCACGACUCUUUCUGGACACAGCAUGUCAGGGAAAUUUCGUCCAUGUGAUAGCCAAGAACUGUCAAAGGGGACAGAAACAUCAGAAGAAGCCAAGCCGUCUUGGACCACCAGAGAGUUCCUGGCAGGAAAGGCUGGCUGAUGUUGUAACGCCACUCUGGAGGCUGAGCUAUGAAGAGCAGCUCAAGGUGAAAUUUGAAGCUCAGAAAAAAAUUUUACAGAGACUGGAGUCUUACCUUCAGAUGCUCCAAAGAGUCAAGGUCACAGCAGCUGCAACAUCCAAGGAGCUGUGUUGUCUUCUCCAUCCUAUUAUACCUUCUCCUGUCAUCAAUGGCUACCAAAAUAAGUCCACCUUCUCUGUGAACCGAGGUCCAGACGGCAAUCCCAAGACUGUGGGGUACUACCUGGGAACUUGGAGAGAUGGGAACGUGGUCUGUGUGCAGUCCAGCCAUCUGAAAAACAUCCCUGAGAAGCACAAUCAAGUGGCUCAGUGCUACGAAGUAUUUCUCCGACAGUCUCCCCUGGAGCCCUGCCUUCUGUUUCACGAAGGUGGACACUGGCGUGAGCUCACGGUCCGCACUAAUCACCAAGGGCACACGAUGGCCAUCGUCACCUUCCAUCCGCAGGAAUUAAGUCAGGAGGAGCUCUGUGUUCAGAAGGAGGCUAUCAAGGAAUUUUUCCUCCGAGGCCCUGGAGCAGUCUGUGACUUGACCUCACUUUACUUCCAAGAAAGCACCAUGACCCGUUGCAGCCAUCAGCAGUCCCCCUACCAGCUGCUAUUUGGGGAGCCUUACAUCUUUGAAGGUCUCCUGGGCUUGAAGAUCCGCAUUUCUCCUGAUGCCUUUUUCCAAGUCAACACUGCUGGUGCAGAGAUGCUGUAUCAGACCGUGGGGGAGCUGAGCGGAGUGAACGCUAACACCAUCCUUCUUGACAUCUGCUGUGGAACUGGCGCGAUUGGCCUGUCUCUGGCUCAGCACGCUUCCCAGGUCCUUGGGAUUGAGUUGGUGGAGCAGGCAGUAGAGGAUGCCAGGUGGACGGCUGCUUUCAAUGGUACACAGCUGAGAGUGUGGGGAGACGUGAAGAUGCAGUUGUUUCCGUGCUAUAGAAAGUGUUCUGUGGAGAAGAUGCCUACCGGAGCCCCAACCUGCAUGACGUCAGGGAGCUGGUUCCAGAGUGGCAUCACCAACUGUGAGUUUCACGCCGGUCGAGCUGAGAAGAUUUUGCCGUGGCUGCUCAAGUCAAAGGAAGGCGUGCAGCCAGUUGUUGCUGUGGUGAACCCACCCCGUGCUGGGCUGCAUCACCAAGUGGUCCAAGCCAUUCGAAACUGCAGGGCCAUCCGCACACUAGUUUUUGUUUCCUGCAAGCUCCAUGGGGAGACCACAAGGAAUAUCACUGAGCUGUGCUGUCCUCCAGACUCCGCUAAGAAGCUCCUCGGCGAACCUUUUGUCCUGAGACAAGCUGUACCCGUGGACUUGUUUCCCCACACCGCACACUGCGAGCUGGCCCUCCUCUGCACAUGAUGAGCAGCCUCCUGGAAGACUGCAGGCGAUUUGCUAAGGCAGAAGUUUCAGAAACUUGCAGGCUUUCAUACUAGAACUGGAAGUCAGCCACCAGCUCUUCUAGGUCUCCAGCUUGCCAUUUGACCCCCCACUCCUUGGGACUUGCCUGACUCCAUCGGAUUUACUUGGCUGAGUAAUCGUGUUUGCAGAGUUCUGACAGCGUUGCUUCCGACGUUGCUUGUCAACGUCACUGUGGAGGCCAUAGCAGAGAGCUGCAUCAGAAAUGGAGCAGCUGGGACUCCCACCCGCACCUAUAUGGGAUGCCAGCACCACUGGCAGAGGCUUAGCUUACUGCGCCACAGCACCAGCUCCAGUGCAGAGACCAAGAUCUUCAUCCACUGGUGUACUCCCUAAAUCCCCGGAAUAGCCAGGGCUGGGCCAGGCGAAAGUCAGGAGCCUGAAACUCCAUCCAGGUGUUCCAUGUGGGUGGCAGUGACCCAAGUGCUUGAGCCAUCACCUGUUGCUUUCUAGGCAUAUUUUACUUUGAUGUUUGACUAGAGUAGGCUGUGUAUUAUCAGAAUGACUUUCUGGUCUGCUAGGCCACCCUUUCCCCAGCCACUUAACUAAAAGGAACAAAAAGGAACAAGUAUUUCCUGGGUCUCGACAUUUUUUUUUAACAGUUUCAGGAUGCAGGCUUCUUCUGCACCCUAUAUGGAAUGUGUGAGAGACAAAAAGAAAGCCCCAGACUACUCAGCCCUGCAGUGUUGUUUAAUUCCUAAGAUCCUUAGACAAUCUACCGUGUCAUUUUCACCCUCCACACUUUUGUUAUGACAUCAAGGUGUUAUUUUUUCUUUUAAAAUUUUUUGACAGGCAGAGUUAGACAGCGUGAGAGAGAGAGAGAGAGAGAGACAGAGAGAAAGGUCUUCCUUCCAUUGGUUCACCCCCCAAAUGGCCGCUACGGCCCAACCCAUGCCGAUCUGAAGCCAGGAGCCAGGUGCUUCCUCCUGUUCUCCCAUGUGGGUGCAGGGCCCAAGCACUUGGGCCAUCCUCCCCUGCAUCCCCGGGCCACAGCAGAGAGCUGGACUGGAAGAGGAGCAACCGGGACAGAAUCUGGCAUCCUGACUGGGACUAGAACCUGGUGUGCUGGUGCCGCAGGCAGAGGAUUAGCCAAGUGAGCCACGGCACUGGCUUUUCUUUUAAAUUUUAAGAGGGAGGAUUAGUGAGAAAUAGGUCAUUGAUUCUUAAUUUUUUAAUAUUUCCUUCUACUUUUUUUAAAAAAAGAUUGAUUUCAAAGGCAGAGAAAUUGACAGAAAGUGAGGGAGACACACACACACAGAAUAAGAGAAUAUUUUCCAUGCCCUAGUUCAUUCCCCAAAUGGCUGCAACUGCUGGUUCUGGGUCAGGCUAAAUCCAGGAGCCAGGAACUCCCACAUGGCAGUCAGGGGCCCAAGCACUUGGGCCAUCUUCCUCUGCUUUCCCACACACAUUAGCAGAGAGCUGGAUCAGAGGUGGAGCAGCUGGAACUGGAACCCGUGCUCAUAUGUGAUGCUGGCAUUGCAAAAGGUGGCUUAACCUGCUGUGCCACGGGUUCUUCUUUCUUUAGAUACACUUUCUGUUAUUCAUGUGAUUUCUUGAGUUUCCUGCUUGUUCAUGUAUUGCUUGUUGGAAUACUUCAUGUGUUAUUGUUGAAAUAUAUUGGAAUAAAUAUGUGCAUGCAAUGCUAUGCCUUUUUUAUGAGUACCACUUUAGUUGUGUAUCAUGGGUUUUGAUGGGUGCCGAUUUCCUUGCUGAUCAUCUCUGAACAGUUUAUAAUUUCUGUUUUGAUUCUCUAUUUAACUCAAGGGUUAUUUAGAAGAGUGUUUUUGGAAAUGCCAAGUGGCUAGAUGGGAGGCGGAGCUGUCCUUUGAGCCCGCAUAUUUCCACAUAAUACCAAGCAGUUGCUCAGGGAGCUGUGCGUCUUCAAAGAACCUCUCAUGGGAAAUGAGAUUGGGAAUUGGGGUCCCUGCUUUCCUUUCCCUACUUUCAUUCUUCAGCUGUUUAUUGUAUUAUUGUAUACUUACUAUAUGCAGUAAGAUGUUUGAUAUUAACCAGGAGAAAAAGAAAGUAGAAACCUAGUUCCUGCCUUCAGGAAACAUAGUAUCUGGUUGAUGUGAUGAUAUGUUUGUACAAACCAGCACAAUAGCAAUAUCUGUCAGUAGUGACUACAUUAUGGGCACUGGGCAUUCAGGGACAAGGGGAAUAAGUGUAGACUAAAGUAGUUGCGGGGAAGAGCUCUUGGAGGAGAGGAAGGUAUUUGGGUUAGAUUUUUAAAAAAGAUUUAUUUAUUGGGGCCGGUGCUGUGGCGUAGUGGGUAAAGCUGCUGUCUGCAGCACUGGCAUCCCAUAUGGGCGCCGGUUCGAGCCCCGGCUGCUCCACUUCCCAUCUAGGUCUCUGCUGUGGCCUAGGGCAGCAGUGGAAAAUGGCCCAAGUCCUUGGGCCCCUGCACCCAUGUAGAAGACCCGGCAGAAGCUCCUGACUCCUGGCUUCGGUUCGGCACAGCUCCAGCCAUUGCAGCCAACUGGGGAGUGAACCAGCAGAUGGAAGACCUCUCUCUCUCUGCCUCUCCUCUGUGUAACUCUGACUUUUAAAAUAAAUAAAUAAAUCUUUUUUUGAAAGUCAGAGUUAGGGAGAGGGAAAGAGCGAAUGAGCUUCCAUCCACUGGGUCACGCCCCAGAUGACCAUAACAGCCAGCGCUGGGCCAGGCUGAAGCCAGGAGCUCUGUCCAGGUCUCCCACAUGAGUGGUAGGGGCCCAAGCACUCAGACCGUCUCCUGCUGCCUUUCAGAGGCCGUUACCAGGAAGCUGGAUCAGAAGUGAAGCAGCUGGAACUCUAACUAGCACCCGUAUGGAUGCCAGCGUCACAGGCGGCAGCUUUAUGCACCAUGCUGCAAUGUUGGCCCCAUGAGUUGGAUCUUAACAGAUAAUAGGACUUAAAAAUAUACAGAGAGGAAAUGGAAGGCUCUUGCAGGAGCCAGAAGAUUGGCAUAGGCAAAGGCUACUAUGGCUGGAAACGGGAAAGUUGAGUUGUGGUGGGAGAGGACAAGGCAUCAAUUUUAGUUUUGUUGGGUUUUGGAUGAUUAUAGAAUAUCCUAGUGGAAGAUAUCCUGGAAAUUAUUGAUCCUCAUUUAGUGAUAAACUAGUUCAGUUUAGCUUUGUCCAAAACAGUAGUUCAUUCUGUCUUGUUUCGGUUGGGUAUAUGUGUCAUAGGCAGUAUUCCAGGUAGCUUCUUCCUACCCCUCCUGAUCUACAAUGUACUGGUUUAUACCGUGCUCUAUGCCCUAGGAGGCUAAUCUGGAUGAACUACAUCAAUAAGUCCCUUUCCCUUCCUGGCUUCCGGUAGGGUUUGAGCAGUGGAGUUCCAUGGUGUGUCAUCAAAGGGGAGGAAGAGACCGAGGUCAGGGUGUUUAUUCUUGGCUUCCUCCUUGCAGGAUUGCCUGAGGCUAGAUACUGUCCCUUAAUUAAAGGUCAUGGCUCCUCUUUUUUGUUUAAAGAUUAAUUUAUUUAUUUGAAAGUCAGGGUUACACAGAGAGAGGUCUUCCAUCUGAUGGUUCACUCCCCAGUUGGCCAGAGCUGCACCGAUCUAAAGCCAGGAGCUUCUUCCGGGUCUCCCACGUGGGAGCAGGGGCCCAAGCACUUGGGCCAUCUUCUGCUGCUUUCCCAGGCCAUAGCAGAGAGCUGGAUGGGAAGUGGAGCAGCCAGGUCUCGAACUGGCGCCCAUGUGGGAUGCUGGUGCUUCAGGCCAGGGCGUUAACCCACUGCACCACAGCGCUCCUCUUAAGGGAACUCUGUAUUCCACAUUUUCCUUUUUAAAAAAUCUGGCAUCUGUUCCUCCUGUCAUCCUUUUGGGUGUAGGGAAUGGUAAGAGCCCAAGGAACUGCACUGUCUCUCCCUCUUGGGUCCUCACCCCCUGCCCACACCUUUUCACUAAUUAUGCUAAUUUGAGGGCACCAUCUGUUUCCUGCUGGGACCCGGAAUGAUACAGAUGAGGUCUCAAUUUUCAAGGAAUUAGAAUACAAUGAAAUAAGCCUAACAAAAUAGGACUAAAUGUGAUUCAAUCUGUUUCUCUCUGAUUAAUCUAGACUCUUGCAGUUUGUUCAGAUAAUCAUUCUGAACUACAUUCUUCAGAGAACCAUCGAUGUGGGGGAGUGUCAGUUCAUGGAAUAUUAAUAAUAACUUGCAUUCAUUAAUUACCUUUCCCAUGCAAUGUACUAAGCAUUUUUUUUUAGAUUUGAUUUAUUUAUUAAACAAGUAGAGUUACAGAGAAAAGGAGAGACAGAGAGAAAGGUCUUCCAUCCGCUGCUUAACUCCCCAAAUGUCCACAAUAGCUGGAGCUGGGCGGAUCUGAAGCCAGGAGCCAGGAGCAUUCUCCAAGUCUCCUAUAUGGGUUCAGGGGCCCAAGGACUUGGGCUAUCCUCUAUUGCUGUCCCAGGCCAAAGCAGAGAGCUGGAUUGAAAGUCAAGCAGCUGGGACAUGAACUGGUACCCAUAUGGGAUGCUGGCACUGCAGGCAGAGGCUUAGCCUACUACACCACAGCACAGGCCCCCAUCUAAGCAUGUUUUUUAUAUUAUAUAAUAUUUCACUUAACCUCAGCAGCCCCAUGAAGUAGGUAAUUUUUAAAAUCUAUUUUGUGGCUGGCGCCGCGGCUCAAUAGGUUAAUCUUCCACCUUGCGGCGUCGGCACACUGGGUUCUAGUCCCGGUUGGGGCACCGGAUUCUGUCCCGGUUGCCCCUCUUCCAGGCCAGCUGUCUGCUAUGGCCCGGGAGUGCAGUGGAGGAUGGCCCAAGUGCUUGGGCCCUGCACCCGCAUGGGAGUCCAGGAGAAGUACCUGGCUCCUGGCUUCAGAUCACCGCAGCAGCCAUUGGGUGAACCAACGGUAAAGGAAGACCUUUCCCUCUCUCUCUCUCUCUCACUGUCCACUCUGCCUGUCAAAAAAUAAAUAAAUAAAAAAUAAAAUCUAUUUUGUGGCACUGGCACUGUGGCGUAGCAGGUAAAGCUGCUGUCUGCAGGGCCAGUAUCCCAUUUGGGUGCUGGUUCCAGUCCCAGCUCCUCUGCUUCUGAUCCACCUGGGAAAGCAGUGGAGGAUGGCCCAAGUGCCUGGGCCCCUGCCAUCCACAUGGGAGACCUGAAAGAAACUCCUAACUCCUGACUUUGGCCUGGCCUAGCUCAAGUUCUUACAACCAUUUGGAGAGUGAAACAACAGAUGGAAGAGUGCUCUCUCUCUAUCUGUGUGUGUGUGUAUGUGUGUGUGUGUAUAUAACUGCGUGUAACUGCCUUUUGAAUAAAAUAAAUCUUUAAAAACAUUUUAAAAAAUAAAAUAUUUUGUAUAGGCAAGGAAACUAAGGCUCAGAGAAAUUAAAUACCCUGCCAGAGAGUUCACAGCUAAGAAACAGCAGAGUUGGGUUUGAGAUUCAGGUCUGUCUGACUCCAUAGCUUGUGUUCUAAAGUCAAAGUGUGGUCUUCAGAUCAGUAGCAUUUAUGAGCUUGUUAACCCUCACCCUAACCCUAGAAGUCAGAAAUGUUAGAAAUUUAGGCUCAGCCGGCACCAUGGCUCACUUGGCUAAUCCUCUGCCUGCGGCACCGGCACCCCGGGUUCUAGUCUCAGUUGCUCCUCUUCCAGUCCAGAUCUCUGCUGUGGCCCAGGAGUGCAGUGGAGGAUGGCCCAAGUGCUUGGGCCCUGCACCCGCAUGGGAGACCAGGAGGAAGCACCCAGCUCCUGCCUUCAGAUCGGCAUGCAGUGCCGGCCGUGGCGGCCAUUGGGGGAGUAAACCAACAGAAGGAAGACCUUUCUCUCUGUCUCUCUCUCACUGUCUAUAACUCUCUCUCUCUCUCUGUCUCUCUCUCUCACUGUCUAACUCUGCUUGUCAAAAAAUAUAAAUAUAAAAGAAACGUAGACUCUCAGGGCUAGCAUUGUGGCAUAUCAUGUUAGGCUGCCACCUGAGACGCCAGCGCUGGUUAAAGUCCUGGCUGCUCCACUUCUGAUCUGGCUUCCUGCUGAUGCACCUGGGAAAGCAGCAGAAGAUGGCCUAAGUGCUUUGGCUCCUGCACCUAUGUGGGAGACCUGGAAGAAGCUCUGAGCUCCUGGCUUUGGCCUAGCCCAGCCCUGGCUAAUGUGGCCAUUUGGAGAGUAAACCAACUGAUGGAAGAUCUCUUUGUCUGUCUCCCUCCCUCCCUCUGUAACUGUGCCUUUCAAAUAAAUUAAUAAAUUUUUAGAAAGAGAAAUAAAGCAUGAAAUGAUUACUCUAUGAAAUGUGCUCUGUUUCACUAGUCAUCAGGAAAAUCAAACUAAAACCACAGUGAGAUACUACUAUACACCUAUCACGGUGACUAUAAUGAGACAAUUGAUGUAUGAUGCAUUGAUGAAGAUUUGUAUGUUUUGAAACUUUUAAAAAAGAUUGAGUUACUUGAAAGGCAGAGUUACACAGAGAGAGGGAAAGACCAAGAGAGAGAUCUUCUACCCUCUGGUUUACUUCCCAAAAUUAUUGCAAUGGUGAGGGCUAGGCCAGGCCAAAGCCAGGAGCUUCUUCCAUAUCUCCCACAUGGGUAGCAGGGUUCCUAACACUUGGGCCAUCUUCUGCUGCUUUCCCAGGGGUGUUAGAAAGGAAGCUGGACCAGAAGUGGAGCAGCUGGGUCUUGAACUGGUGGCCAUGUAGGAUGCCAGUGUUGCAGGUGUCAGCUUAACCUGCUAUGCCACCAUGCAGGCCCCUCUUUUGGAACUUUUGAACACUGUUGGUGCUAUUGUAAAUUGGUACACCUACUCUGGAAAGCUAGUUGGCAGUAUCUACUAAAGCUGAACUUACCCUAAGGACCAAGUCAUUCUAUUCCUAGACGUUUAAUCAAGAGAAACUCUCCCAUGUGUAGAUCAGAAUACACAGUAUAAAAGGAGUCUUUAGAAAGUUCGUGGAAGAAAAUCUAUUAUGGAAAAAGUCUUCAUGGGUUUCAUUUUUUUUUUCAUGAAAAUAAACUUACCUUUUUAUUCAAUUUUCCAUGUACUUUUUAAGUACUCUUGUAUAAUAACAUAAACUACUAGCCUACUUUAUUAUAUAAGGUAGUGUUUGCAGUACAUGCACAAAUAGUAAAAGGCAAGAAAGUGUCAUGAAAUGUACAAAUAUAUGCAGUCAGUUGCAGAGCUACCCCAAGCCGGUGUCCCUUAUGCUUCCUUGACCUGAGUAAGAGGCAUCACAGUUCAAAGGGUCUAAGUGUUUUUUCCGCAUCUUCACUGUGUCCUGGCCGGGAAUGCUGGGUCUGACCUGUUUAAGGGUAUCAGUACACAAUGUGAAACGCUGGUAAGCAGGCGACUCUCCCAAACUUAAAGCUCAACUCCUCUAGCACUUCUUUUUUUCUUUUUUUUAACUUUUAUUUAAUAAAUAUAAAUUUCCAAAGUACAACUUUUGGAUUAUGGUGGCUUUUUUCCCCCCAUAGCCACCCUCCCACCUGCCGCCAUCCCAUUCCCUCUCCCACUCCCUCUCCCAUCCCAUUCUUCAUCAAGAUUCAUUUCCAGAUAUCUUUAUAUACAGAAGAUCAACUUAGUAUAUACUAAGUAAAGAUUUCAACAGUUUGCACCCAUACAGAAACACUAAGUAUAAAUAAAGUACUGUUUGAGUACUAGUUAUACCGUUAAUUCACAUAGUACUACAUAUUAAGGACAGAGAUCCUACAUGGGGAGUAAGUGCAUAGUGAUUCCUGU